CGGAUCGGUGUUCAACUGGUCCGGGCGGUUGCAUUUCUGGCGGUUUCCAUUAUGCCUUCUUGUUCUUGCCCAAUUCUUGAACCAGAGAAGUAGAGAUUAGCCGAAGUCUCUCUAGUUUCAUCACUUUCGUCUCGUCUGUAGUUCAUUGGAUCGAUUCGCAAUCCAAAAAGGAGGAGCUAUGUCCUUCAUGAAAGGAGACUUGCUAACUAAGACUAGAAAGCUCGUCAAGGGCUUGGCCAAAGCAGAACCCAUUUGGCUCAAAGCCAUGGAGCAGGCGCCACCUCCUACGUUUCCUCGAGUAGAUGGAACAGUCAAGACAAUCAAUCUUCCUGAGGAUGUAUAUGUAAAAAAGUUCUUCCAGAAACAUCCAGAUUCAAAAUACGAAGAUGCCAUCAAGUUCUGUAGUUUCGAUCCUCCUCCAGCCCGAAUAUUUGGCUUGCGGGUGCUUGAACUGAAGGAACAGGGUGUCAAUGAGGAGGAAGCCAUGGCAUUAGCCAAUAUGGAAUACCGGGCAGAGAAAAAGGCGAAAAAGAAGGCUUACUCUCGCUUGAAGCAAAUUGCACGUCUUCAAGGGAAGAAACCUCCUCCUAACCCUUAUCCAAGUGCUAUCAAGGAGAUACAAGCCGAGGAAAGGAAUUUCGUCCGAGAUCGUUUCUUCAACCCCAAGAUUAAAGAGAUUGCACAAAGGUUGAAGGAGGAGAGAGCAGCUGAAAUGCAGGAAAGAGCGCAAAGCAGCUGGUGAUAGAAUCUUCCAUCCUCCCAUCUCUGCUUCUGGAAACUAGCUUUUGCAAUAAUUUUGGCAGUUCAUUAAUCGGAAUAACAUAAUUUUUAGAUUCAAGCGAACACCACAUCUGAAGCAUUGGAUCAUGUAUGUUAAAAGAUUUUUCUUUCGAUGUUGUUCAAUUGUUAGAUGGCUAACUCUCUCAGAAGGUAGCAAUGAAUACCUAGAUAUAUAUUUGAUCAACUUUUAAUCGUAUUGAA